AUGGCUCCUGAUCAGCUCAGCCUUCAGGAACUCGCAGAGUCUAUUACUCAGAAUGCCAGACUGAUCACGGAUAUGCUGAAUGAGCGGCGACUUCCACAGCCCUCAUUCGCCUCGGAUUCUCCAGUGAAAUUCCCAGAGGGAAAUGGAUCAGACAAAAGUAGGCUGCAAGAAGCGCGGAUGAGUCUACUCACCUCCACUUUAUCACUUGAACAGCUUGUCACAGGACCUCAAGACUUCAUUAUGUGGCAAUCAUUGACGGUAAUGCAUGAUCUAUUUGUUCUGCAAGCGCUGGAGCGAUUCGGCGUCUUCAAUGCUGUGCCAAUUGACGGCGACAUCUCGUACAACAAUCUUGCGGCCGGAGUUCCUCUCAAUGAGAGACAACUUCGACGAAUAAUCCGGCAUGCCAUGACGAAGAACAUCUUCACCGAGCCUCGACCCGACCACGUCGCUCAUAACGCCUUUUCGAUUGCCCCCAUCAAAAACCCGUUAUUGCAAGCCUGGAUCGGACAUAACUUAGGGGAAAUGCUGGUGGCAUCAGCCCAUCUAGGCGACGCCAUUGCCAAAUACGGUGACACUGAAGAUAUGACAGAAACAGGGAUGUCCCUGGGGUUUCACCUAGAAGGAAAGAGCAUAUGGGAAUGGUUCGUCGUGGAUGAUGACGAAGGUCGGCAAGAAAAAGGUUGGCGGACUCGCCGAUUUGCCCAAGCAAUGGAAGUCCGUGGAGGGCAUGAAUUGGUCCAUAUCCAUAACGGAUUCGACUGGGGGAGUCUUGGAGAGUCGAGAGUCGUUGAUCUGGGGGGAUCAUCGGGCCAUGUGUCAAUAUCCCUGGCCCAGAAGUUUCCCUUAUUAAAAUUCGUUGUUCGAGACUUUGCGGAGUUACAAGAGCACUUCAAUGAAGGUCUACCAUCCGACCUCAGGUCACGAGUUAACUUUGAACCGGGGGACCUGUUUUUACCGCAGCGGGCACAAACAGCCGACGUGUUCUUCCUCCGACAUAUCCUGCAUGACUGGCCCGACACGGCGGCCAUCGAGAUUCUGCGGAACAUCAUCAACACUCAGGAUGAAUUGCAGUCAAAGAGCUUGGGCGUUGGGCCCUUCAAGCAAUUUACAACUUAG